CUCCAUUCUGCCGAGGGUGCGGAAUUUCCGAAGAAAGAGAGAGUCCAGUGAAAAUAUUCCUUCUUUUUUAGAAACGGGAGAUGCCAUAAUUCGAGGUGCAGAUAGGCAGACAUUUUCUGGAAGAACUAGUCACUCCAACCGGUGUGAUGGGUCCUUGUAGAGUUGCGAUCAACAAUGAGUUAAGGCUCCAAAAUUAACUGGACCGGCAUGGAGAAGGAGAACUCCGCGUCGGGCGGCAGUGGAGGCGGCGGAGGCGGGGGUGGUAGCGAGGCAACGGCGACGGCUACGCCGGGCGCCACCUCCACCUCCGAGAAACUCCAGGCGGACCAAGCCAACCCCUUGCUCGAUCCCACCGCCCUUUUUGGUGCGUAUUGGCCAAGAGGCGACACUACAGCGUCAUCACUCUUUGGAGGAAUGCCCGGUGGAUAUGGCCUGGGGGCGCAUCAUUUGCCCUCUGCUUACGCCAUUUUGGGACGAGGUGGUACCGGUCCUGGUUUCGGUGGUCAUACACCGGCAUCUGCGCCUCCACCACCUCCUUAUUCUCACAGCAGUCUUGGAACCCUAAGUGUGGCUGCCAGUCAAGCUGCGAGCCUAGGUAUUAAUCCUGCGAGCGCAGCUUGGUGGACAAUGGCUUCGCACCUAGCUGCGCAGGACUACCUUGCGAGGUUACAAGGAGCCGCAGCCGCAGGACUUCCGGGUUUUCCACCUGGGGCCGAAAGCCUUCUACCUCCUUACCCCGCUUCUUUACUUAAUCCACCGUCCCUUUCCUCUCAUAAGUCUAGUAAGUCUAAGUCAAGCAAGAGUCACAAGACUCCUGCGAGCAGUAGUAGUUCAACGACUCACAAUCUGACAAAUACUAUGACAGUAUCAAGUCAGGCUCCAGUUUCGACUUCUCAUCAUAAUACUUCUUCAACUAGCAGUACAACAAAUUCGCAACCGAAUGUCGUUAGCGAUCCUAGCAGUAUAUUGGGUGGUGUUCGUUUGCCCCCGGACACGGAGAUUAUCAAAUAUACUUCAAGUAUAGUCGGGCCAAAGAUUCCGGGCACGACAAACCGGGGCAGAAAGAAAACGAUAUCCCUGGACUCUCCAAGCGUGAGCGUGCAUGCUCCUGGUGGUCCAGGGUUGUCCUCACAUCAAACAAACACCACCUCGUCGUCGUCGUCGUCGUCGUCUCUGAUGAUGGAGCCGCGAAAGUUCAAUCGCACACAGAACGAUUCGAACGAGUACCGAGAUGCCGUGGAUAGGGUCGAAGUGAUUAAAUUACCAGCGCACUCGACGAACGGUUCUAUUCUCUCGGCUCCGCCAACCUACACAACUAGUAAUAUGAGCAGUACGAACGAUUUGGACGCUCCUCUAAAUCUUUCCCUGAAACCUGCCUCGGCGAGUAGCAGCUCACCGACCACUGGAAGUCAACCCCUUACCCAACUCAGUAAUCUGAGUCAGUCGUUAUUGGCUUCUGAUAAUAGAACAUAUUGUAAUGUAAAUAAUUCGUAUGCAGCGCGGCGAAAACCUGGACCUAAGCCGAGAAGAGUACCCCAAAAUUCGAUGUCGGUACCACCAUCGCCAAGUCCAUCACUGGCUCAGUUGUUCGCUGCUGCGGAUUCCCCGCAGCGGCCGAGCAGCGGAAGCGAAGAAAGUGAGAGUACGAGUACAACCCAUCACAAAGAUGGCCGACCAAGAAAUUUAGGUCGAGGUGUAUCGAAACCAAAAAAGAAUACAGUCGCCUCACUUUUGGCGCAGAGCAGAGCUCUGGGUAUAAAACCGGUCCCGGGUUCCCUGGACCCGAGCGUUCCAUUAUCGCACCAGGUUUCCUUACUCAGGUCCAAUAUUCUGGCUGCCCAGCAGCUCCAUGCGUCUGCUUUGGGCCACGGUGACGAGAAACAUCAAAAAUCUUUGCAGGAGAAGAUGAAAAACAGACUGCUCGAAGUUUCGGGCGAGGAGAGCAACAUGGACGUGACUAGUGAGAGUGGAAGUAACACUGACGCGGUCAGUGAUACCGACGAUGAUAAUGCGGAUGGCAUGUCGAAUGCGAAGAGAAGAAAGCUCAAUUCUAGUGAAAAGGAUCUUCAAGUGCCGCUGGAACGCGGAUGGAAAAGGGAAACAGUCAUCAAGGGUCUCGGCAAAACGGGAGUCAUCAAGGGCGAUGUUUCCUACUACAGUCCUUGCGGGAAAUCGUUUAGGAAUACUUCUGAACUUUUAAAGUUUCUCGAGUAUCACAAUCCAGUGGAGUUGUCAACAGCGAACUUUUCGUUUUCGUCGAGGCCGCUUGUCGGUGAAUUCUUGCAGCCAACGAUGGGUCUGGCGGAAGCGGAAUUUGUGAGGCUCGGUGCUCAGGAGGUAGCGAGGAGGUUAGACGAGCUGAAAGCCGCUGGCGGCUUCAGGGACGUCAGGGUCAAUAGUCAAUACGAGAGGGACAAGUUGGCAUACGCCAAGAAACUCGCCAAAGAAGAAGCACAACGUCACAAAGAGCAAGCCAGGUUACUGAAAGAGCAGGAGAAGAGUGAACGGCAGGAGGCGGUGAGACGGGAGAGGGAGAUCAGGAAUCAGCAGCUCUUGGAGGGUCGAAAGCGGCUCGCGUUCACGAUCAAACAGAAAAUGAAGAUCAUCCAAGAAAUCGAGAGAGGGAAGAGCAAGAGUGAUGUGGCCCGAGAACUGGGACUGGCCAGCAGCACCGUGGCGACAAUCUGGAAGAAUCGGGAGAGCAUCGCCGAGAGCUGGAGGAAUCGGGACGUCAUGCAGACCGAUGUGGACAUCGAGUCGGCGAAAAAGAUGAGUUUGAAUUCAAAUCUGGGGGUGUCACCGCUGCUGCCGACGCUGAUGUCACCCCUGACAACCGCUUCAGCGACGACUCCAAUUGCGAAUGUGGCAACCUCGAGGGCGACCUCGCCCUCACACCUGGACAGCAUGCAGCAGGUCCAGGCUCAAACGCAAAAUCAGGAAUUGCUGCAGGAGGCGCGGAAAAAGCGGCAGGAAGAGGUGGAGAAGAUUCGAAUGGAGGAGCAACAGCGGAAGCAACAGGAGCGCGAACUUAAGAGGCAGCAAGCGGUAAUGCUGAAGGAACAGAUGUACAUGCAGGAGCUCACCAAGCAGCGCGAGAUGCUCUACACCGUCGAGUUGGAGAGGGAGAGAAGAAGACAGCAUAUGGCAUUAGUACGAGCUCUUGAAAGUCGCAGAAAAAUGGAAGAAAGGGAGAAAAAACGUCUCGAAGCGAGAGCCGAGAGAAUAGCAACAAAGGAAAAACGUGCUGAGCAGAGGAAAAUGGAAAUGGAGCUGGUCGAACAAAUCAGAAAACCUGUCGAAGAUAUGGAACUCACGGAUCACAGGCCGUUGCCAGAAAUUAAACGAAUACCAGGUCUCAAGCUUUCAGGAAAGGCUUUUGCAGACAUAGUCAUGGUUUUCGAAUUUUUGCACAACUUUGGCGAAACUUUAGGCUUUGACAUGGAUUCACUGCCAGGUUUGAAGAGCUUGCAGAUGGCUCUGCUCAAUGACGAGGAGGCUGAGGAAGAAAUGUUGUCUGUGAUGACUCAUUUGUUGGUGUGUGCAAUUGAAGAUCCGGGAAUUCCUCAACCAGCCAGACAUACAACCGGCCUGGGCCAGAGUCUUCGCCAGGCAGACAUCACACACGCAAAUAUCAGUGAAGUUCUCAGGAUUUAUCUGUACGCGAACGCAACUGGCGAAGUCAAGGCCCUGACUGGUGUCUGUCUUGAGCGCGAGAGAGAUAAGAAGUUUGCCGAUCAUCAUCAGAACGGUGGCGAUUAUGCGUCCACCUGUUCCGGAAAGAAUGCCCAAUUCUACGAACAUCUGCACAACAACGAGACCUGGAAGAUGUCCGAGAGGCUGCGCGACAAGCCAUUCCUCGCCUUAAAUCCCACGCACAAAGCGCAAAUGCUCGGUUUUCUCUGCAAUGAGCUCCUGCAAAACAAGGCUGUGAUCAAACAAAUCGAGGGGAGUUUGGAGACUGUAGCUCAAUUGAAGAAGGAGCGAUUUGUGCUUGACACCAAAAUUAGAAAACUGAGACAAUUGCACAGUCGAAAAGUGAGAAUGGAGGCGGUUGGCGUAAUUGUGAAUAAGAGUGGUGAUACAAUAACUAUAGAGAAGAAGGAAGUAGACGAGGAAGGAAAUGCAACUUCUGUUGUCGAAACGACGCCUACUCCAGAAGAAAUUCAUCAUCAUGAGGACGAAGUGGAGGACAUGUCUGAAAAUGAGAGCGAAGGAACUCAACCCGAAGAAGAAGAGGACAAGAAUCUUUCCGGCGAAGAGCUCGGCAAGAAGCUCGACAAACUCCUAAAACAAUCAGAAGAGCAACUUCAGAAGUUGAACAGCUCAUCGAAGCAGUUGCGAGCGCACGUCUUCGGCCAGGACAGAUACUGGAGGAGGUACUGGGAACUACCCUGCUCGGGUGGAAUUUACGUAGAAGCAAUGGAGAGCGCAGAGCCCGAAAUUCUCGACCUCCAAGCGGAGUUGGAUGAAAAGUACAAAAACAUGCCGAUUGAGGAGAAGCCGGAGGUGAAGCAGGAGGAUGUUAAAAUUGACACUGAGAAUCGUGAAAACGAGGCUCCGAAUGAAGUGAAGGAAGAGAGAACAGUGAAUGCGCACAAGGAGGAGGAGGAGGAGGAGGAGGAGGAGGAGGAUCUGAUGAAGCCGCUUGAUGAGAAAGCCAAGUUUGAGGUGGAGGAAAUGAAUUGCAAGAAGGAGGAGAAGGUCAACUGCAUAGCCGAGAACUCAAAGUAUCACGUGGAAAUUUCGAAGAAUGAUAUUGACUCUGUGCCGGAUGCAAAGAAAAGUGUCAUGUCCGAGGAAAUCAAGCAGGAAAGUGAAAUUAAGAUGGAUGUGGUUAUCAAGCCGGAAGAUGUGAAGAAGGAGAGCGAUGCUGAUGAAAGGGGCCAGAAAGCUUUGAUCAAGACGAUGGAUGACAGGAUUGUGGAUGGGAUUCCGAACGGCGAUAAAUUUAAUCACGUUAAUAACUUUCACAACGGCAAGGAUGUGAAUGGCACCUUCAUUGGUGGUGGACAUGAACCCAACUGGUUUUCGAUCCUUCCGCGAGAGACGUGCGACAUUCCUGGACCGAGCACGAAGCAAAUUUUCGGCAUUGCCGAACCCACGGAGCUCAGAAUUCCAGUUUUCCCUCCACCUGCUAGUCCGAAUUACGAAAGGUGUGACAGUCCAGCGCCUCUAGUUUUGACUCAGGACGAAGCAGUGCAACUAGAGUACCUGAAAGUCCAUGGCUUGCCGCCGCCUGGAGAAGCGAAACCAGUGCCAAAUGAAAUACGAUACGGCUGGUGGAGAAUAACGGACGUGGACACGUUUCAAGAAUUGUUGGAACACCUUCACUCGCGUGGUGUGAGAGAGAAGGAGCUGAAGCGCACAACCUGGGCGACGAUGGAGUCAUUCUUAGCGGUGACAGGGAAGAUCAACGUGGAUCCGGGAAACAUGUCAGCCACGGACAUGAGUGCUGAUGCUGAUGGCGAAGGCGAUGAGGAUGAGGAGUUUACCAUCUCGAAACCUGACAGUCCUGAGGAUUGGUCAGAGCAAGUGGCUUUGCGGGUCGAUGCUCAACUUCUCGAACAAGUCGAAGCGCUGGAAGAUAAAGUUGCCAAUGCGAGUAUGCAAGUCAAGGGUUGGAAGCUGCCUCCAAGGGCGGGAACCGAAGAGGCUGAGGAACUUGAGAAACUUCAUGAAAUGGAGCAGGUCAGCGCUGUGGAGCAGGCGCGUCAAAGGUUAUUGUCCUUGGAGGCGGCAAUCGAGAGAAGAUACUUGAAACCGCCUUUGGGAAUUUGCACUGGAGAUCCGAAUCUCGCGGCACUGAAAGCGGAACAAGCGGCUGCUGCUGCUGCUGCUGCUAGUGCGAGUUCGAAUUCAGCCGACCAGAGUCCAGCACAUCACCAGGAGGAAACGACACCUCGGGGCUUGAACAACUGGCGUGAAGCUACGGCCCGCGCCCACACCUCGGCUCAACUGGCGAUGGCCCUGUACAUGCUGGAGGCGAGCAUCGCCUGGGACAAGAGCAUCAUGAAGGCUGUGAGUCUAAACCCAGCUAGAAAGUCGGUCUGCGUCAAGCUACGAAAACGCUGCCUCUCACUCAAAGCUACCACUCAGUACAAUGAGCUAUUGACUACUACUCAGGCCUCUAAUUGUCAGUUCUGUCACAGUGGAGACAAUGAGGACAAAUUAUUGCUCUGCGACGGCUGUGAUCGCGGCUACCAUACUUACUGCUUCCGUCCAAAAAUGGACAACAUUCCUGAUGGGGAUUGGUAUUGUCACGAGUGUAUGAACAAGGCAACGGGAGAGCGGAACUGUUUAGUUUGCGGAAAAAGAGUCGGCAAGAAUUUGGUGCUCUGUGAAUUAUGUCCAAGGGCUUAUCAUACUGAUUGUCACAAUCCUGUAAUGCCAAAGAUGCCGAGAGGAAAGUGGUACUGCUCGAAUUGUCACAGUAAGCAACCAAAGAAGAGAAAUAGUAGUCGCAGAAGUCAUUCUAAAGGAGCAGCGGGAGCAGGAGGAGGAACGCCAGCAGCCGGUGGAGUAGCCGGAGGUGGAGGAGGUGGAGGAGCCACACCCAGAGAGAGUGAAAGUUCCGAUCAUCCACCAGCUAGUCCAACGCCCUCGACGGCCUCCAACACUCAUGCAGAGGACGUCAGUUCGUCAGAACCACCGACGCCCACGGCCUCGCCGAGAAAGGAAGCAGCCAACAACAGGUCGUUGACGAAAAAGCAACAGCGAGAACUUGCGCCCUGCAAAAUACUUCUUGAACAGCUGGAGCAGCAGGACGAAGCUUGGCCUUUCCUCUUGCCAGUCAAUACCAAACAGUUUCCGACUUAUAAGAAAAUUAUCAAAACUCCCAUGGAUCUCAGUACAAUUAAGAAGAGAUUACAGGACUCUGUCUACAAGGCGCGGGACGAAUUUUGUGCAGACGUAAGGCAGAUGUUCAUUAAUUGCGAGGUGUUCAACGAGGACGACAGUCCAGUCGGCAAAGCGGGCCACGCAAUGCGCAACUUUUUCGAGACUCGCUGGACCGAAAUCACCGGGACUCCGCCACCACUGCCGCCUCCGCAGCCACAGCCACACAGCUGAGGUUCAGCUCGCGCUCGCAACAGCUGCAAUAGUUUUGCGCACUUCUACUACUGAAAAAGCUGAACGCGAGUCAGUGUCCUUCAGAUAAUUCAAGCUGAAGACUUGUUGUCAUUAGGAGACAAGUCUGAUGAACGCUAUUUUCGCCACGAUCGCGUUAUAGCGCUGGUCCUCAUGAUAUCAACCGGCAGACAGUUUCCGAUACGCUUAUUCGUAUAUUUCGCUCUGUCUGCUGCAUUGUCAUUUGAUCGUCAUUCGAUUUCCAAUCGCAGUUUUCUUCUCUCUUUGUUUUCGUUUG